UGCUCUUGAAGGCUUGACGGAGAGCGAAUGUCGUCAUGAGCGAUCAAAAGGACAGUAUGGCCACCACUGUUGCUGUCAGUCCCAGUGAAUAUCUCCAACCCUCAGCUACUGCUUCACAGGAUUCCCAACCCUCUCCACUGGCUCUCUUGGCUGCCACUUGCAGUAAAAUUGGCCCUCCAGCUGCUCAGGCACCUGUCAGCACCCCACCAGCCCAGCCAACUACGCGUCGUCUGCACCCCAUCAAGCCAGCACCCAUUGCCCCAGCACCUCCCAAAAACCUUGGCUUCCUGUCAGCCAAAGGCAAUGUAAUUCAGCUUCCUGCUGGCCUUGGCACCUCAGGGGCCAGCCCUAUCCUCCUGACUAUCCAGAGCCCUUCUCGCCCUACAGGCACCCCAACUACCAACAUCCAGUACCAGGUGGUGCCUCAGAUACAGAGCACCCAGACCAUCCAGAUGGUUCCUCAGGGUGGUCAGAUACAGAUCAUUCCUGGUACCAACCAAGCAAUCAUCACCACACCUAUAACAGUUCCAGCAGCCACGCCCACCUCAACACCUAUUACAACUGCUACAUCACAGAAAACAGUGGCCAUUAAGCCCUCCACACAGAAACGAAGGCAGAACAACACCAAUAUUGUGCGGCUGCCAAGUGGACUCACGCUUCCUCUCAACGUUGCGACAGGUGAAGUGAGUGGGGCUCAGGUUGUAACAGAGACCACGACCACUACUCCUCCACCUGCGAAAACCUCCAGAAGAGGCCGGAAAAAGCAGGUGCCAGUUGCUCCACCUGCUCCUGCCCCCCAGCCAGCCUCACCUGUAGGUGAGCAGGUGGAGACGCUCCUUAUAGAAACAACUGCAGACAAUAUCAUCCAGGCGGGCAAUAACCUGCUGAUCGUCCAGAGUCCGGGAGGGAGCCAGCCUGCCGUGGUGCAGCAGGUGCAGUUAGUCCAGCAGAAGGCAGAUCAGCAGGUGGUGCAGAUACCCCCACAGGCUUUGAAGGUGGUACAAGCUGCUUCGGCCACUCUUCCCCCUGUCCCUCAGAGACAACCUGCUGCUCCCAGCCUACAGAUGACCUCAGCUGAACCCACACAGGUGCUUAUUAAAACUGCCUCAGGUGAGUGGCAGGCUGUGCAACUACAAGAGACCACAGUUCCUGCCUCUGUUACGCCUGCAUCCAGCACCACAACUGUCCCAGCACCGUGUACUGGAACAGUUAAAAAAACACAGGCGGGGGCACGGAAGGAGAGGACCUUGCCAAAAAUUGCCCCUGCAGGGAGUCUCAUCACUCUGAAUGCUGCCCAGCUCACAUCAGCUGCCCAGGCCGUUCAGACCAUUAAUAUCAAUGGAGUCCAGGUACAGGGUGUGCCUGUCACCAUUACUAAUGCUGGCGGUCAACAACACCUUACGGUACAGACGGUCCAGGGUGGGGGGCUGCAGCUGGGGAGUGUUCAGGCACAGACACAGCCUCUCCAGGUGGAGCAGACACUGGCGCUGGAGCUGCAGAGUCAGCCUGGGGAAAAGAAGCGUCGCAUGGCAUGCACUUGCCCCAACUGCAAGGACGCAGAGAAAAGGCCUGGAGAGCAAGGGAAGAAGAAGCACAUUUGCCACAUCCCUGGAUGUGAAAAGACUUUUCGGAAGACAUCUCUGCUCAGAGCGCACGUUCGUCUGCACACUGGCGAACGGCCGUUUGUCUGUAACUGGGUCUUCUGUGGGAAGCGCUUCACACGCAGCGAUGAGCUACAGAGGCAUGCAAGGACACACACAGGAGACAAGCGCUUUGAGUGUAAUCAGUGUCAAAAACGCUUCAUGCGGAGUGACCACCUCACAAAGCAUUACAAAACACACAUCAACACCAAGAACUUGUGAGUGGUGCACACUCUGUCAGGUGUUGAUACGUGAACUGUAGAACUCUCCGAGGGGUCAGCAAGGAGUGAUGGAAAAGCUGGUUUCAAGAGGACUCUCACAAAUGCCGCAUACACUCCCCACCCAGGCCCCUGGGGGAGUAGCCUGGUGAAUAAACCAGCCCUUCCAGACACACUCAGAACUCAAAACUGUCCCUGUUGUGUCACUUUUUUUUUUACUCCUAGUGUAAUUUGUCAAUGGAAGGCU